AGGUUCUAUCUCUCUCGCUAUUUGAUUCAUCAUGUUGUCUACACUCCUGAUCCUCUUUGCUAUCAUCGAUGAUCUUCAGGCUUUCAAGCCAGGCAAUGUACGUAUGCAUAUGUCAACUAGGACUAUCUGUAAUCCAGAUGUCAAGGACGUGCACAACAACCCCGCUCCAUGUGGUAAAUCCAUGGCAAUGGAGACUUAUGGCCUCACCCUCCCUGGUAUGGAGGAUGGCUCUGUCACUAUUAGGGAGGAUAUGAUAGUCGCCAAGGAUGGUCUCAUCAGGGUUAAGGCGAUGCCGAGUCGUCCCUAUCAGUUCCUCAUGACUGUUGAAAGCCCCGAGACCAAGCGUAUCGACCAGCUUUACAAGAAUCAGGCUAUCACAAUUUCUGAGACAAAACAGGAGCCGGAAUCUGUGCGCCUUCUCGGUGCGGCCAAGGCCCCUGGAAGCCUUCAGGAAGACGGAUGGACGUCCGAAGGCACCACCACCCUCAAUGGUGCUACCGUUCACAAGUACAUCAAGUGGGGUCCUCAGGGAGUCGAUGCCACCAGCAAGGCAAACUACUCAGCUCUUUAUCAGACGGGUAUGUACCCUGAUCACUGGAUUUUCUAUACCGAUUCCAACGAUGAGAAACCAGUCAAACUUCUUGGUAUAAACAGCAUUAGAGGUAAAACCCUCCAGGAGACCGAUUACUCCAACCACGAGGAGCUCGAUGAUGCCAUCGAUAUCGCUGAAGCCGAGAAGGAGAUGCAUACGACCUAUCAGAUCACCAGUUCCCGCCGUUUAGGAGAGAAUGAUGUUGAUGCUCCCCCAGUCAAUCUCGAUUACAUUAACGCCACAUUCAUUGCGGAGGAUGAGCGUACCUUCUUCGAAGAUGCGGAAGAAGUCGACUGGCUGGGUCCCCAAAGACUCCGUACAGGCUUGUCAGGAGCCUUUGGUGCAAGGGCCGGUGUGAUGUACUUCGGCAUUCCCAAAGGAUCUGCCGCCGAUACCUUCUUCCACACGGAAUACAACAGGCGGAUGGUUCAACUCGUCAAGUUCGAAUUCCCCACGAGCUGCAGAAACGAUGAGGGCAAGCAAGUGCAAAGGUAUUGCCUCUUUGUCUCUGUCGAUGCCACUAUGGAGAAGUUCUCUCUCAAUGCCGGAAUGACCUUCGUGGACGUGAAGGAUGACAAGAAGUCCGCUUCAUUGAAAGUGAUCAUUGAAAUCGGGAAAUCCGAUGGUGCUCCCGUACUCAACCUGAGCGUCAAAGCUGAGGGGUGUGCAAUUGUCUGGCAGUGGGGCGAGGGUGUCAGCCUUAAUAUCGUCGUUUGUAUUUCUGGAUCGGCCUCUGGGAAGGAUUUGCUGCAGCCCGACAAGCGCACUUUCAAAGCCGAGAUAGAGAUCAAAGUCACUUUCAACUUGAACUUACCUGUUGUUGGCUCCAUCAUUCAUUGGAGUAUAUGGGCUAAGCUUGGCUGUACUGCGAAACCAAACAAUGUAAUUACUGCCUAUGGCGAGAUUGGAACCGGCAUCUCUCUUUUGCUCGCUGGUGCCGGAGUCUCGGUCGAUAUUAAGGGCAACACUAUGGAUAACGUGCCUAACAAGUGGCAGUUCUUCUCUGGCGUGAAUCUUAACGCCUGGGUAAACGUCGUGGUCUACAAGCACGACUGGAACUGGCGGUGGGAGAUCUGGCAUGCCAGUCCUGUGUACUUUUAA